CAAAAAAAAACAUAUUCCAUUUUAUAAAAACCAAGUCUUCAUAUUGACUGCAAUUAGAUGUGUGCUGAAAAACUAUUAGAGAAAAGUGUAAUUGUGUGUAGAAAAAUAAUUAAUGAAAAUCGAAAAUUAUAAAAUCGCAGUGAUUGAUUGACUUCGAAAACAGUCACAUUUCAAUACACAAAUGCACAUGUGCCGACAAAUAACACCGGUUUCGUUCCAGCGACUAUGAGUGAUGAUGAUGCGAAGUCGGGCUUACCGGGUAAAGCGCCCCGCCAUACCGUCAGUGGUGACGACAAACACGGAGAGGCAGGCGCUGGUGCUUCGCCAGACUUUGGCCAGAGUCAACGGCGGCCUCAAGCCGCAACAUCUUUGCCACCGCAGCCACAUGAACUGACCGCAGAGUGGACGGUACGCGCACAACUAACAUUUGCACGUGCCGGCGAGAAAGUGCAGCGUGAAUUUAGCUCAAAUGAUCCCGUUAAUCCGGUGCGCGUCGUAUACAAGUGGUCCACAUUUGAUUCCACUCUGCCACCCGAAGAUGAUGUGGAUAUUGAUAAUUCUUCCUCAUCAACGCUACACAAGCGUAACUCAUUUGCCAGUCGUGGAUCACGGCAAUCGACGCCGUUAAAGACCGCGCAACAUACUCGCCGCUGGCAGCAACAGCCGCACGAAAGCUUCCGUUCGACAACCUCGUCAACUAACGCUGAUUUAGGCGGCGGUGAUUCCGCUUUCAGCGGUUCGAAUACUUCAAAGCAACGCCAACGACCCUAUCAACGCCAGCCGCAAACCGCAAGCAGCGGUCCGAAUGGGACUGGCGUCACAUUGGGCGCACUCUACGGUACACGUUGUCGCAGUACAUGCAACAUUGUUGUAUCAGCCGUUGCAGACUUCUUACCUGCGGAUGCAGCGUCAAGCGCAGCGUUCGACGCAGCGGCAAAUGAUGAUUUAAUCAGCGGUAGCGGCGAAGGAGGCGGCGGAGGAGGAGGCGGAACGACAACUCAUGUAACGGCAACGGCAACGGCUACGGAUUUUAUACCUGAAGAAGAGGCUGAUCCAUUUGUAUUCAAUACAACGGCGUCGUACACUGUUUUACCGCAAAGGUCGAUUGAUUCUACAACAUCUGCCGGUUCGAAGAAUUUGGCCGCAUUUGGCAAAGUAUUGGCUUUACGAGAUGCCUUUUCACAAACAAGCGAUACGGAAACGAAAUACUUUGAAGAACGAGAACGUGAAUAUGAACGACGUCGUUAUGCGAAUAGUCGUAGUCCAAUUGAUCGGUGUGCAGCCCUACAACAGCACCAGCAACAGCAGAAAGGACGUAAGAUUUAUGAGCAACGUCGCGCGACAACAGAAGGAUUACUCCAGGCGCCCAGCAGCCAUUUUGGUGGCGGUGAUUCUUAUGUGGACGAGGCAAACUCAUUUAUGCCUUCGUUUUUAACGUCUCCAUCGCAUACAUUCAAGUCUGCCUCAAUGCCGCGGAUACCAACAAUGUCCGAACAGACACGCUCCCAACAACAGCAGCAAGCACUCACCUCCAAACAAAAGUCGAGUUCUACAGAGCCAUUGAAGAAACCUCGCACUGUUCACAUUGACGUUUAUUGCACUGGAUCAGAAGAUGAGGAAGAGGGCGCUGAAGGCGAAGACGAAGGUGAUAAUGCCGAUGCUGAAGCAUCGAUUAGUUCCGAUGAGGAAAAUGCGAGUAAACAUCAUGAUUUAGAAUCAAAUUCCACGCCACAGACUGUCUUCGAUAACGAACAGCUCCUGCUGAAGCAUAAACACAUCACCGGCCAGACACUACCACGCCGCUGGCAACAAACCGAAAAGCGGUCAGUGGAGCAAGCGCACACACAAGCCCCGCAAGCAGGCGAUUUAAAUUUAGGGCAUGCCAUCACUAAAUCCAGCACUGCAGAGGAGGUAUCCGAGUCCAAGCAGCUACUCUUUCGCAAACACAUUGGCGAUCAGCGCGCAGCGAAAUUGGCGGCACUUCGUCAAAAGUACAUGCGUCAACCUAGUGACGAUGCAAUCAGCUCAAAUUACCCCAACUCGUCGCGUUCUACUGUACGUGAUGCUACUUGCAGCAGCAUUGCUUCAAGUAUUGUUACCUCUUCGCAAGCUGAGUACCCCGCUGACUCUUCUUGGAAAGAGGGUGAUGAUCAGGAAGAAAUGUAUUCACUGGCAAAAUCGGAUAGUUUCGAGUACGAGAACACAACCGAUCGGUUACGUAUAAAACAAAUGGAGCGCUUCUGGUCACGCACAUCUUCUAUAGAAGAGCCGCCACGUGGUGGAUGUCAAGCCUUAUCGGGUUCUCCGGUGCGUGGUCAUAUGCAGUCUGCUUUCUUACAGCCGAUAUCUGAAGUAAGCUCGCACCACAACUCACCAUUUACUACGCCUGUUUCGCGGCACGAUACACUGCCAUCUGAAUCUGAAAACUUUUCAGAGGCGUCUGACAUCUACUAUACGUAUCCGGGUGCAGCGUCAACUACUUCUGCUGCACAACGUUCUUCGCCGGCCUACCUGCAGCAGACAUCGCACUUUCCACGUAAUCGACCCGGCUUUUUGCAGUUUUUCGGCCCAUCUACCUCUCCGAGCCCGCAGAAUCAACAGCAUGGCCCUAUAGAAGAAAUGCCACCAACACUACCAGUAAGAGCUGUAAUGUCGGAAGUAUCACCAGUGCCUGCACAAUCACCUUAUCCAGGCUAUCAACCACACUUGCAGCGCUGGAAGAGUGAAACACGCGAUAAUCUGUCAACACACGGUACUUCAUCGCCGGCAGAUCGCAGUUAUUGCACUUCGCCACAAACAACGGUCGCCGGUGCUAUUACACCGACAUUUCAAAGAUCCGGCAGUGAAGCGCCACCUACAACCACUUCAGCUGCAACAUUCCGCCAGUCGCCAAUGAUCGCGCGACGGUUCGAAAUGAAGCAUGAUAGUCCCGCGGUUAGCGAAGCUUCUACGACCUACUCGGGCUACACUGCUGAGCAUUUAUUGAAGGCGAAAAAGUUUGGCGCAGUGGUAAGUACGGCACGAAAACCCGGCCAUCACGUGGGCCCAACUAAGAAUCCUAACUGUUCAUGUGAGAGCUGUCAGCGUUGGCUUGCGGAACGUUUUCAGGUGCGCGGACGUGCUUUCUCGUUGGGAGAGCGGCCUAUUCUACGGCGUCCCACAUGAUGGAAGGAAGGAAAUUGAAAUUGAACACACCACUGCCAAGUCUUAAAAUAAGAUUUAGUCUUAACCGAAAUUGAUUUAUCUAAAAUGAUAAUGCAUUUAAGUUACAUAAAUGAAUGUACGAUUAGGUCUGAAUGUAAUGUCGUUUCUCUCUCUCUCUCUCUCUCUCUCUCUCUCUCUCUCUACCUAUGUAAAAUAGUUAAGAAGGCUUUUAACAACAUACCUAAAUAUUUAUGACACAUAUCCAUUUUAUUUGUUUAAAAAACCGAGAUUAUGAUUAAUAAUAUAUCUAAUAAUUUAAUGUACCCAAACUUUAAAGUAAUUAUUUCUGAUACUAAUAUCUGUGUAAAUGCUAAGAAGAAAAUGGAGAGACUUAUUUGCAUUAAAAAAGUUCCUCAAUAUCCGCAGCUGAAUUGUAAAAGUACCAAAUAAAAUUAAUAUAUAAAAUGUGCGGCGGUAAUGUUUUAUUAUUUUCAUGCUUUUAGGUCAAAUCAUUUUUAGUCCUUGGGUGCAUGAUAACCUCAAAGCUCUAGCAGAAUUAUAAGAACAGCUACUGUGGGUGCCAGGUCACAUGGAAUCUAAAAAGAUAGAAACUUUUAAUUAACCUCCCUAAACAAAACUUAAGCAUCAUUACAGGCAUCCUUACUGGACACUGCAGACUAAGAGGACAUCUGCACAAGCUAUGAAUCUGGUCGAACGAUAUCUGUCGUUUCUGCGAUUCAACAGAGGAGACACCA